GUUGCACUAUCGUAUCGUUAUUAUUAUUGUUUUCUUUUUUUGUUGAACAUUUGAUAGGAUUGGACUAGAUUGGAUAGAAGACUGCUAGAGAGACAAAGAACCAGCAUAAAGAUGCCUCGCCUAGUCAAUGGCCGCGAGGCCGCACCCACAUACUCGAAUCUGGUUGGUUUUAUAUUCAUCUUUAAUCUUAUCGUUGGAACUGGAGCACUGACCCUACCAGGAGUUUUUGCCCGGGCAGGAUGGAUGCUUUCCCUCAUCGUCAUUGUGCUGCUGGCCAUCGUCAGUUACAUGACGGUUACCUUCAUCAUCGAGGCGAUGGCCUGUGCAAAUGCCAUUCGGAAUUGGCAAACCCUGCAGGCCCUGCGCCAAAGUCGAAGUUCCGCUGAGAACAGUGAGAAUGACGAUAAUGCAGAUGAGGUUUCCCUGGCCUCGGGAGCCGAUCAAGUGGGCGAUUUCGAGCGGGUUCCGUUGACCAUCCAAAAUCGGGAGUUCCACUACUACCAGCUCUCCCACAAAUUCGAGCUGGGCGAAAUGGCGGCGCUGUUCUUCAACGAAUUCGGACGCAUUAUGUUCUAUCUCUGUUUGAUAGUCUAUCUAUACGGCGAUCUGAGCAUAUAUUCUGCAGCCGUGGCAAGAAGUCUGCGUGACGUAGUGUGUGAUCAAACCAAUGGAACGGACGCCAAUAACUUGAUGUAUUGGCCGGGAGACUUUGAAAAUAACACAUCACGAGCUUGCUGGAAGCAACACACUAUAUCCCGCCUCAGCAUGUACAGAGUGUUUUUAAUUGGAUUCACCCUGAUCUUUGGUCCAUUUGCCUAUUUUAAUGUACAGAAAACGAAGUACUUGCAGAUGCUCACAGCGGUCUUUCGAUGGAUGGCUUUUACCCUCAUGAUCUGCAUAUCGCUGAAACUUUUGAUCACCAGGGGAGCCAAGGGUCACCCGGAGACCUUUAACGUGUACGGUAUUCCCUCGCUAUUUGGCGCCUGUGUGUACUCCUUUAUGUGCCACCAUUCACUGCCCAGUUUGCUGGCGCCGCUCAAGCACAAGUCGAUGGUUUCGAAAAUCCUCUCAUUCGACUAUAUAAUCAUUUGUGCUUUUUACAUUUUACUAGCCAUGACAGGUAUUUUUGCCUUUGAACGAAUCGAAGACCUUUACACACUGGAUUUUCUGCCCUACGAUGUGGCCUACAUAGACUUUUGGUCAGGCCUGUUAAUUUGCAUUGACUACUUUCUGGCACUUUUUCCCAUCUUUACGCUGUCCACCAGUUUUCCCAUUGUGGCCAUAACUCUCAAGAACAAUCUGCAAUCCCUUUUCCUGGACAUGUCGCAGUAUGAAUCGUAUGGCAUUCUUGUGCGACUGUGCUUUCCACUUCUCGCUAUAAUUCCGCCGUUUUGUAUCACCUAUUUUACGGAGAGUUUGUCCAGUUUGGUGGCCUUUACUGGCACCUAUGCAGGCACUGGCAUCCAAUACAUAAUCCCCGUGUUUCUUGUUUACUUUGCGAGGCGCACUUGCUCAGAACUCCUGGGCAGCGGCGUAGUCAAUCGUUUUCAGAGUCCUUUCAAGUCCAGUGCCUGGCUGGUUUUCGUUUUUAUUUGGUCCAUUCUAUGCGUCUGCUUGGUAUCCAUCAAUUUGUUUAGUUAGGUUAAACUAUCUGCAAAAAUGUAGAUUAUUUAAUGGCAAAGAGUUUAUUACCGGAUAAUAAAGUACCUUGUCGAAUAUUUUUACAGAAAGUUUAACAACCUGACUUUGCAGCUGUUUAUAUUUUAAGAAUGAAUUUAUAUAAAAUAAGUGAAUAGCCAUGUAAGUCAGUAUUGAAAUCGGCUGUGAAAAACAAAUUUUAAAUAAACCUUUCGUAUAAGGUCUGGAUUGUUAAAUUCCUCAUAUGAAAACUUAGAUUUAUAAAAUUGGCAACUGUAACCG